AUGCCUCGAGGAAUUGUGUCACCGACGGAGACAAUCUAUGCAAAUUAUCAUGGAACAUGGGGAAAAGCUUGCCAGCAUGAUUCAACUGAGGAACUUCUAAAUGCAAUUAGCCAUGCUAACGUGUCUGGGGUUGGCUCCUACUAUGACUCAGAUGCUUGGACUUCUGGAGCUCUAUGGGAUCUUAUCCAGUUAGUUGGUGAGAGGGCCCGCCGGAACACAGUUCUAUGGAUAGGGAUAAUGCUGAAGUAUUCUAUAGUAAGAGCUUGUGAACUUGCAAAUGCAUGUGUUACAAUCUUCCGUGCAGCCGUUGACUAUAGGGCUGAUCACCACUUGUGGUACCCUCCACCCGAGGGCUUGACACCGUGGUAUUCUAAUUUUGUUGUGAGGAGUGGGCUGUGGAAUCUUGCAUCGUUCAUGUUUCAAUUGCUCAGUGGAACAGAACGGCUUAAAGAUUCUAGAUACCAUACCCUUCUCGACUCCCUUUAUAAGCAAGUGAAAGAUUUCAUAAAGGCGAAAUUACAGGAUUCAGCUGAGGAAAAUGAGGAAUUGAAUAAGGAUACUCUGAUGACAUUUUUUUCAAAGUUAUUGUCAAUUGCAAAACGCCAUGUGGGCUAUCAGACUAUGUGGAACAUAUGCUGUGACCUCAACGAUUCCGAACUCCUCCAGAGUCUCAUGCAUGAAAACAUCGGACCAAAUGGAGGUUUCAGUUGCUUUGUAUUUAAACAACUCUAUGAUAGCAAACAAUUCUCAAAACUAAUGCGGAUGGGUGAAGAGUUUCGUGACGAGCUUGCUACAUUUCUGAGGCAGCAUCCUGAUCUUCUUUGGCUUCACGAAUUGUUUCUUCGUCAAUUUUUCUCAGCUUCUGAAACUUUACAUGCAUUAUCUAAUUUCUCUAUUCCUAAGGAUAACAGAUCAGUUUCAGAUACUGAUGAGACUGAACCUAGUGGCCCACAACCUAAAUUAACUUUGGCUAGGAGAAAGCAUUUUUUGAAUCUCGCAAAUCUAUCAGCAAUGGCAGGAAGAGAAGUUGGCUAUGAGCUAAAGGUGAAGCAUAUUGAAGCUGAUCUGAAUUUUCUGAAAGUACAGGAAGAAAUAAUGAGGCUUCUACACGAUGAUGAUGAGGCAAAAAAAUUUAUGGUGCAGCAGCUUCUUGUUCCGCUGGAUCUCAUCAAAAUGUGUCUUAGAAUCAAGAAGCGGGAGCUUUCGUUGAGACCCUUCGAUAUAUUCUUGUGGACGAGUGCGUCCCUUCUCAGAAACAACACAAUUGUUUUGGAGGAGUGCUGGAGAAAUGCUGCAAGUCAAGAUGAUUGGAAGAGACUAUAUGGCUUGUCCAUGACUGAGGGCUGGAGUGACGAGAGAACCUCUAAGAUUCUCGAGCAAACUGUACUUUUUCAUGCUUCCAGAAAAUGUUAUGGGCCCCGCUCAAAAAAUUUUGAUGUGAAAUUCGAUGAGGUGCUCCCGUUGAGGAUGGAAGCGGAUAUAGGCUUGUCUGUGGAAGGGGUCAUCAUGAAGCACAAGGAUUAUCCAGAUGUGGGCAAGCUGAUGCUGACUGCUAUCCUGCUCGGGAGUGUUUGA